AAGGGCUGGAGCUUUCAGCUGGCAUUCCAGGCGGAGUGUCCCAUCAAUGAAAACAGCAAGCUGACUGUGGCCAAAGGGGCGGCGAGGCAAGGCAUGAGAGAUGGCAAGACAGUGCCACCGUCCAUCAUUCAAUGGGAAGUCAGAGAGGUGUGCAAAGUGAAGCUCCUUCUUUUGAUAAACCACUAUGCCCAGGAUCCCAUCUCGGCAAUAGAGAGAGCAAAGGAGCAGAAUGAUAAGAAGAGAUUUACCCUGAAGUUGCGAGAAGAUAGGAGAAUGCCUCAGAUGCCUCUGAAAAAUUUGUUCCUUCAGAGUCUCUAUCUUCCUCUUCAUACACAAGAAAGAUCGGUGAAUCGUGCUGUCUGGAUCCUCCUGAAGGGGAAGCUGCAUCUCCUUGAGCACUUUGAUGCUAUGCAACAUUUUUUCUUCCUUCACAAUGAAGGUUUUGUGCAAUCCCUUGCUCUCCACUUCCUUGACUUGAUGGAGAAGGUGGAUGAGGCACCCCUGUCUACAUACGAGUGAAUCACUUGGCACUGUCAUCUGCCAUUGAAUCUUCCUUCCCUGCUCGUCACUCCUAUGCUCAGAGCUUGCAAUUGCGAUUGGUGUCUUCCACAUCAAGCACUCAUCAUCUUCCAACCACAGGUCAAUCCUUCAACACAUCAUGAAUGAAAGUUGAAGCAAACCUUAUGCUUGUGCCUUUUAUAUGCACAAUGCAGUUAUCAUAUUCAAAUGGAGAUAUACCAUAGGAGAAGUGUGUUUAUGAAG